AUGCUCAGCCUUACGUUGAAGGAGGUGUCCCUGGCAUUCAGGGAGGGCAAAAUCUCCCCUACAGAACUCUGUAAAAAGUGUCUGAAUCGCAUAAAGAAAACCCAGCAUCUCAACGCUUUUAUCACCGUGACAGAGGAGCUGUCUCUAAAACAGGCUCAACAGUCCGAAAUCAGGCUAAGCCAAGGUGUCCCUAAAGGUCCCCUGGAUGGAAUCCCCUUUGCAGUUAAAGACAAUUUCUGCACUGAGAAUAUUAAGACUACAUGUGCCUCUAAAAUGCUUAAAGAUUACACUCCACCAUACAAUGCUACAGUGGUACAGAAACUCCUGGACCAAGGAGCGGUUCUGAUGGGGAAGACAAACAUGGAUGAGUUUGCAAUGGGUUCGGGCAGUAUCGAUGGGACUUUUGGUCCAGUCAGGAACCCGUGGAGUUACACUUCUACCUACAGAGCACAAUCAGGGGCAUCGCCUGACUCUGACUGGGUCGUUACUGGAGGAAGUUCUGGUGGAAGUGCUGCAGCUGUGGCCUCACUCACCAGCUACCUGGCUCUGGGUUCAGACACAGGUGGUUCAACUCGUAAUCCUGCAGCAUUGUGCGGUGUUGUGGCACUGAAGCCCUCUUAUGGACUCCUGUCGAGGCACGGUCUCAUCCCUUUGGUCAAUUCCAUGGAUGUCCCUGGAAUAAUCGCACGCAGUGUCAAUGAUGUAGCCACUGUCUUAGGUGUCCUCCAAGGCCUUGAUAUUAAAGACUCAACCACAGUUCCUGCUCCAGCAGCACUUACAGAUCUUCCUGAAGACUUUGAUGUCAGGAACAUCUGUGUAGGCAUCCCUAAGGAGUACCAUGCCCCCGGCCUGUCAGAGGAGACUCUAGCGCAGUGGAGUCGUGUAGCAGAUUUGUUUGAGAGAGCCGGGGCCCGGGUGGAGCGAGUUUCCCUCCCACACACCCAACACUCCAUCGUGUGCUACCACGUCCUUUGCUGCACUGAGGUGGCGUCCAACAUGGCCCGCUUUGACGGGCUGGAAUACGGCCACCGGAGCAAGACGGACAUCUCAACUGAGGUCUUGUACUCCUCGACACGACAUGAGGGCUUCAACGAUGUGGUCAGAGGGAGGAUACUGUCUGGGAACUACUUCCUGCUCAAACAGAACUACCAGCACUACUUUGUAAAGGCCCAGAAAGUGCGUCGGCUAAUCGCAGAUGAUUUCAGACAGGUGUUUGCGUCAGGUGUCGACGUGCUGCUGACACCCACUACGCUGACUGAUGCUGCUCGUUACCACGACUUCACACAGGAAGACAAUCGCACCCGCAGCGCACAGGAAGAUGUCUUCACCCAGCCGGCUAACUUAGCAGGUCUUCCCGCUGUGUCUGUGCCAGUUGCGUUAUCAAGACGGGGCCUUCCAAUUGGCUUACAGCUCAUAGGUCCAGCCCUGGAGGACAAAAAGCUGCUUUGUGUUGCUCAGUGGAUCGAACAGAGGGUUGACUUUCCAUUCAUGAGUGACUGUGGCGUCUCACAGGAGAGCCUGAAUCAUACAGGAAUGUUCAAAAGGGAGGAGACUUCUGCUGUUUAAAGAGUUCUGUUGAUAUGACCUCAUCGAAAGUACAGGUGCAUCUCAAAAAAUUUAAAUAUUGC